AUGGCUGACGACCAGCAGGAAGACCCAACCUCACCACCCAUGACAUUAGAAAAAUCGGCUACGAGCAACGAUAUGGUAGAAAUUGUACGCGAAUUGUUGUACAAAAACAAGAACACUGCUCUGGUAAAGGCGGUAGAGUUGCUGGUACUGAAUAUCCAGCAGCGGCAAGUAAUUAUUAUGCUGAAUCAAACACUGCAAGAAGCGAUUGUACAGACGGACCAAAUGCUGAAGGAUUUGCAUGAUCAGCCGGUAAUGGAAUCGAUGCUGAACAAUAUUAAAAGCCAGAACCAAUCCACCCGGAAGCAACUUGGGGACAAGGUGGAAUCGAUUCGUAUGCACAUGAAAUCGAACGAAGUGCUACGCAAGCAGCUGAAAAAAGAAAUUAUGUGUUUUCGCUCAGGCAUAGAGGACAUAAAAAGAAAUAUGCACGACAAGGAAGAAACAGGGAAAAUGCUGUUCCAAACAAUAACCGAUACUAAGGCGCGUGCAGAAGUACUUCAUGAAAAAUUUCGUAUUAUAACGGGCGAGAAAGCUAAACUUCUUGAAGAAACUCAAGAAAGAUUGAAUCAAUUAAGAAAUCAAAAGUCAAUUUGUGAAGAUAAUGUUCGACAGAUGAAGCUGGAACUGGCGGAGUGUGAAAAAGAAAUGGCCCAAGAUUUGGUAGAGUAUGAAGCUGUAAAGCAACAAGUAACCGAAAUGAUUCAAGCUUACCACCAGGUGGCGUCUGAGAAAGCAGCCAUACAACAAUGUACUGUCAAUAUGGUAGAGCAGAUGCAAAAUGAAAUGCAAAAGUUGGAACAGAACUUUGAGGAGAAAAAAAUGCAGCUUGAUCUUGCAUUCGUUGAAAACUCUGAUAAAUACAAACAGAAAAUUGAAGCACUAGACCAAACAAUCGGUGACGGAACGAAUAAGUACGCAGAGCAAGCGAAACAUGCUGCAAAUUAUGAGGUCGAAGUGUGCAAGAUGGAAGACGAGUUAAAUGAUUUUAACAACGAAAAUGUAAAGCUGGAAAACGAACUCAUCAAGCUUAAAACAUUGGUCCAGGUAAACGGCGAAUUGUCAAAGAUUAAACCGACGAAUCUAUUCGGAGCAAGAAUUAUUACACGGGCAAGGCCAUGCAAAUCAGUUGCCGAAUAUGCAUCAUUGACCUCGGACAACGAAUUUGAUGAAUCUUGCCACUUGGACAAUGAGCAAAGUUUCACCAGUACGGAACCUAAAAUAGGUAAACUUUGA